UCCAAGACGCAGAGCCACCUCACAGUCCUCAGCAGCAGGCAUCCCACUUCUGUCCUUAUAUUAAUUCCACAUAUAACAGUUUUACUUGCCAGUGCGUCUUAUUUACAUCUUCACCACAAUGAAGGAGCUUCUGGUACUGAUUAUUGUUGUGAUGACGUCAGCACAUUUAUUGCAAGAAAGUGUGGCAAACUCACACUACGAGAAUUGCAGCAAAAAAAUGCGACAACUGAUACUUGAUUCGUGCGCCGAACCCAAGGAUAAAAGAAAUGCAAUACUCGCCGAAAAUAAGGAUCUAUUCACUCGUCACAGACCAGCACAACAAAGCGCUUCGCCCUCGUUACUCGCAGGAAAGGUCCUUGGUGUGCCAUCAUGCUGGACGGAGGACCUUGCAAUUUUUGACGACUCCAAUAUUCAGCAUAGGAGGAAUCUUCCAGCAGUGCACAACUUAAUUGUAGAAUGUUGUGUGGACGGCUGCACUCCAAGCCAAAUCUUAGGUCUGUGUAAUUGAAUAUAAUGUCCGCGUAUAGAUUUGGAUACAAUGACAUUCUUGAUGACCUGCUUAUGAUAAAGCAAGGAAUUAUGUUUUAGUAAAGGACGUUCUAGUUACAUUAAAUUUAGAUUAAUGUUUAAAAAAUAUUCAGUCUCCACUUCAUUAGAUCAGUUUGUCGGACAAAUCAACACGCUUCCUGUUGCUUUCCUACCAUUACAAUUGUAACCUGAAAGGAUAUUUCGUUACACAGACUAUUUAAAUUAAUGAAGAGUGGUAUCUUCUUGGAUACAACGAUGUGUAGUCCGUUGAAAGUCAAGCGACAUUUCGGAGGAACAUAUCGCAUCAAUUUCGGGGUAGAAUUGCCACCUGCUUUCAUUCUGGUUUCAUGCUCAUCUUAUUCUUUAAUCUUGAAUAUGGAGGCGAUAUGUUCCUCCGAAACGUCGCUUGAUUUUCGACGGACUACACGGCCUUAUCUCUCUUCAACACCACCCGCUAUAUAUAAAUUAAUAUUUGUCAGCUUUAUCAUCAAAUAUGAGGACAUGUAUCAUAUGUAAUUUCCUACUGAAGUUUUCUAGAUUUCCUAGUCCGUUCAGUUCGGGAGUGAAACUGUGAAUUGGAUUAACUCGCUCAAAGUUAUAUUAGUGAAGGGCUCUUGAUGUGACGGUGUAUAAUGGCCGUUCCUACAAGACCGUCCAAUAAAUCAGGAGUAGUUUUCCAGUUGCCGGUCACGGUAGCCGAGCGGUCUAAAGCAUGUCUUUGCUCGCUCGGAAGCCGGGAUCGUGGAUUCGAA